GUGGCCGCGCCGCCCUCGGGGCGCCGCCAUGUUGGUAAAGGUAUCGGGGCGCAGGCAAGAAAGGGAGCUUCCGGAUCUCGCGGGAGCUCGAGGCGUGAGUGCCACGUCCCAGCAAACCGAGAACCGAGAGGAUCCCGGAGCCGGUGAGAGGUCCCUGCUGCUCCCUUACGGCGCUUUCCAGGCCUUUACCCCAACCAGUGGGCCAUAGAGACGCGGGCCCAGAGAGACCGUAAAGUUGCUGAUCAAAGGCUAGAGCGGUGUCGGGGGUGGGGGGCUGCAUCCAGGAAGGGUGUUGGGGAUGAGGUGGACCGGCCUUGGGGACAAUGUAAGAGCGGAGCAAGUAGUAUAGAGGAAGGGCUUCAAGGGACGCGGAUCCCGAAUAGGUAGAUUGAGAGUCAAGUCGAGUCGUCUCUUGUUCCUCCGGUCAGCGUGAUGACCAUGGGCCUGCGGGCCCCCCACUGGGUGGCUGUGGGACUGCUGACCUGGGCGGCUUUGGGGCUGCUGGUGGCCGGACACGAGGGUCAUGGUGACCUGCACAAAGAUGUGGAAGAGGACUUCCAUGGCCACAGUCACGGGCACUCACAUGAAGAUUUCCACCAUGGCCACAGCCACGGGCACUCGCAUGAAGAUUUCCACCAUGGCCACGGCCACACUCAUGAAAGCAUCUGGCAUGGGCAUGCCCACAGCCACGACCAUGGACACUCACGUGAGGAAUUACACCAUGGCCAUAGCCAUGGCCACUCCCACGAUAGCCUCCACCACGGAGGACAUGGACAUGCCCAUCGUGAACAUAGCCAUGGGACUUCUAGGGAGGCUGGGGCUCCAGGCAUCAAACACCACCUGGACACUGUCACCCUCUGGGCCUACGCACUGGGGGCCACAGUGCUGAUCUCCGCAGCUCCGUUCUUCGUGCUGUUCCUCAUCCCAGUAGAAUCUAACUCUCCCAGGCACCGCUCUCUGCUCCAGAUCCUGCUCAGUUUUGCUUCCGGGGGGCUCCUGGGUGAUGCGUUCCUCCACCUCAUCCCGCAUGCCUUGGAACCUCAUUCUCACCACGCUCCAGAGCAGCCUGGACAUGGACACUCCCACAGUGGCCAGGGCCCCAUUCUCUCUGUGGGGCUGUGGGUUCUCAGUGGGAUUGUCGCCUUCCUCGUGGUGGAGAAAUUUGUGAGACACGUGAAAGGAGGACAUGGACACAGUCACGGACACGGAGACAGGCAUGCGCAUGGAGACAGUCACACCCAUGGAGAUAGACAUGAGUGUUCUUCAAAGGAAAAGCCCAGCACAGAGGAAGAGAAGGAAGUGGGCGGGUUGCGGAAAAGGAGAGGAGGAAACACUGGGCCCAGAGAUGGCCCGGUGAAACCUCAGAGCCCUGAAGAAGAAAAAGCAGGCUCAGACCUGCGUGUGUCUGGGUACCUGAAUCUGGCUGCUGACUUGGCACACAACUUCACAGACGGUCUGGCCAUUGGUGCUUCCUUUCGUGGGGGCCGAGGGCUAGGGAUCCUGACCACAAUGACAGUCCUGCUGCACGAAGUGCCUCAUGAGGUUGGGGAUUUUGCCAUCCUGGUCCAGUCUGGCUGCAGCAAGAAGCAGGCGAUGCGUCUGCAACUCGUGACUGCAAUUGGAGCAUUGGCAGGCACUGCCUGUGCCCUUCUCACCGAGGGAGGGGCAGUGGACAGUGACGUGGCAGGUGGUGCAGGUCCUGGCUGGGUCCUGCCAUUCACUGCAGGCGGAUUUAUCUACGUAGCAACAGUGUCUGUGCUGCCUGAGCUAUUGAGAGAGGCAUCUCCACUGCAGUCACUGUUGGAGGUGCUGGGGCUGCUGGGGGGUGUUGCCAUGAUGGUACUGAUUGCCCAUCUUGAGUGAGGGGUGAGGUGACCUGUCCUUCCCCUAACUCCUAAUAAAGGCAGUUGGUAGUCCUGGCCAGUGCUAAUGCCAGAAGGAGUGUCAGCCUUGGAGAUUAGCAGAGCCUCUGUUUGAGGCCUUAGAGGUAUGAGGAUCAUACGGAGCAUGAGAGGCCAGAAGGACCACGGAGUGGGAGACUGCCCAGCAGCGUUGUUGCUUUUGGAAAAAUCAAUGGGACCAUGAAGAAGACUGGGAAGACGGUAGCCUACCCGAUGGUCCCUAAUCUACGAUUUCUCAGCGCCAGCGUGCCGCAGGGGUCCCUCCAAGGCCCAUCUCCCUCUGAACUAGUUAGUGAUGGCUUCAGGGAAGACCUGGCAGAAGGACUGGGGUAGACAUCAAUCGUGUGUCCUGAUUUGAAGGGGGAGGGGGGCUCCUUGGGAAGAUGUCUCAGCCUGAUUUUUUGUCUCUACUCAUUUUAUACCACUGUUUGAAUGGGUGCGGAGGAACGGUGACCAGGAAUAAAAGACCUUGGAUCUUCGGCCCCACAUGCA